UAGGGCUUCUAUACUCACCACAUUAGAUUGCAGAGCAAUUUCUCAAUUCCGAGUUGAUUUCGAGUCAACUCACUACCAUUCACAUUAGGGUUUUGAAUCCUGACUCACUUGCAACGGUACUGAAUCCUUUAUUAUUUCGGUUUUGAGAUAAAAUUGAGUGAGCUACCUAUAUCAGAUGUUGAAAGGAAAGAAAAAUUCAGGGAGAGGAGAAACCGUAACAGCAAACUAUGCGUUUAGCCCCGUAGAUGACGACAUUAUAAUUAAGCAUAGACUUUUAACUCGAACAACAACUACUCGCGGUGAACCUCCAUUAAAGAAGCUUCAAAAGAAGUUCACGUCUUUUGUUCUCGAGGUUGAAAAAGGCGAUGAUAAUUAUAAUGAUUGUGUUAGGCUUUCGAAAGCUUUCAUGCAAGAGUUAACGACUUUUGAGAUUCCCUUGCUCAAAAGUAGAGCGGUUGUCGAUGCAAAUUUGAGAGAGAAGGAGAAUUUUACCGAGCUGAUCGAUGAGAUAAAUAGGCAGAUAUCGCAAGCGCAGGUAGAUAUUGAGGAUUUAAAGAAACAGCUCGAGGAAAGUAAGAUUGAAAGACAGCAUAAGGAAGAAUGUGAGGCCAUUAGGAAGUUGAUUGCUACGCAGCCACCAAGGUCAGAGACACAGAAAGUUAUAGAAAGUUUAGAGAAAGAGAUUGCUGCAUUGGAGGCUGAGAAUACUGGCAGUUCAAGAUUAUUGGAGCUUCGAAAGAAGCAAUUUGCUCUUCUGCUGCAUGUGGUAGAUGAGUUACAAAAUACAAUAGAGGAAGAUCAGAAGAAUUUGAUUGAGGAGAUGAGAAUGGCAACUGAAGAUCCAAAAAAUGUGACAGAGGAAGCAAAUGGUGGUUCAGAAGCUAUGGCUGUUGACUAGUAAAUCUUGCAUUUGGAAGAUGGUGUGCUUCUUUAAGUCCUUCAUCGUUUAUAGCCAGUUAAAUGUGAGAGCUUUGUCCUUCUGUUGUAAUAUAUCGGCAACCAUUUAAAUUGAGAAUUCAUAUAGCGGCUAUGUCCUUCACAUUUCUGUAUCAAGGUAUCAAAAUUUUGCUAAAAUCUCAUACUCCUUCAAUCCCCAACAAUAUUUUCCAGUGCUCUCCAUUGAAUGUAUUCUUUGAUUCUUGGUC